GGCCAGUUGGGCCAGUAUCCAACGUGCGGCCAUCCCAGCAAGAGGGAAUUAGUAGAGUACUGGUAUUGAUCUUUCCAGUGAAUGAUGUCUAACGCUGGCAACUGUGAGGCUCCAGUAGCUACAGUUUUCCUCGCGGAACUACAGUCUCUCCCCAUUAUCAAUGAUGCAUUUACUGUAGCUACGGACUUGUACAAAAAGACACAGGAGUACAGGUGUGUGGGUAUGGCAGUAGGUGUAGCCUCGGUGGGCAUGCGGGCAGCAGCCUUGCCCCUGUCUGCUCUGGGCCAAACAGUUGGUGGUUGGACAGUGGUGGACCAGUGGGCCUGCCACGGCCUCCACACUGUAAAGACCUGGGCGCCUAGCAUCACUAAACCAACCACAGAGGCGAGUCCAGCUUUAAACAACAUAGUAGGUGAUGUCCGGGAGAACUUGCUGAAGGCUGUCGCUGGCUGCCCUACAGCAACAUCGACCUUAUCGGGCGCCUUAACCGCCCGGGCUGAGAAAACUGUGUCUAAGCUGCAAGAGUACCAAACUGGACGUAUGGUGGUGGCUGCUGCUGAUGACCUGGUAACUAAAGCUCACGUCUUUAUUGACGAGUAUCUUCCAUCAGUUGACGGAGAAACUAGCGACUCGGAUGGUGAGGGAGGGAUAGUGGUGAAGGUGUCCUCCCUGGCGGCCAAGACCCAGCGUCGCGUGUGUCGAGCUGCUCAUGACUUGGUCUACACUGAUGCAACUCGUCGAGGAGCUUCCGCCAAUAGUAUUGCUACAUGCGCAGAUAAAGACUGCAAAAUGUCUUUAGAAUUAAAUGGUUGUAUUUAGUCGGGUCUGCAGAAGAAUCGCCUCGUGCUUGGUUACCCUUAGUUACUUGGACUCUUCACACUCUCCAAAAUCACAAGCCCUCGACAUGGCUUGUGAUGUCUGACGUACAACUUGAAAAUCUGAGAAAAUUAUUUAAAUUAAAUACAUAUCUGGAUGAGAUCGGCAGAUUAGUGUUGGAUAAAAGGCGGCUAACUUCGCUGGCAACUCCAUAAACUGUUAAUUCUCGUCAAAUAAUUAGGACGACAAACGUCUUUAUCAGCAGUUUACCUUUUCUUUGGUGUGAAGUUUAGUGCUGUAAUGAUUUUUUUACCUUGUUAAAUAAAAAUGCUGGCUUUGAAUUAC